AGAAGCUUUCACAGGGUUUCACACAUCUCAAGAUAGCACUGAAACACUGACCUGACAGGUAAAAUGACUUAUUUGUUUUGACAAACUACUAUGAAAAACAUUAUUAACUACAUUAUUUCAAGUUUUACCAUUUAAAGUGAAACGGAAUGAGAGUGAAAUUGACUGAAAUUAAAGGUCUUAAGUGUUGAUGCCUCACUUUUGCAGAAUGUUCUUAAUCCUGGUUGUCACAAUGUUCUUGGCUGGCUGCUUGGCUUUGCCCAUCAAAGACCCGUACUCGUAUUCCUCUGCGGUGGGUCAGGGAGGUGGCACCCCAUUUGCUUCCUACGGUGAGGGGCGCAUCACAGCGGUCAGAGUGUGGGAGACCAACAACAACUACUACUACUACUACUACUACUACAACUACAACAGCAACAAUUACAUCAGCGGGUUCCAGCUGAGAUACGGCAACACCUGGUCUCCUGUGUUCGGUAACGAAGGGAGUGUAAAGCAGGUGAUGGAGCUGUUUAAUGAUGAGGCCAUUGUCGAGGUGUCUGGGAAGUACAACCCAGCAGACUACAUCUGCUACCUGGUGUUAACCACCAACAUGGGGCGCACUCUGUCAGCCGGCAUGCCCAACCAGGUCUCCUUCAACUUCUACCCAUCCAACAUGGGCAAUGAGCUGAGGAUCCUCAGCGGUCGCUUCAACGGUGUUGGAAUCACCUCCAUCGGAGCCCACUGGGGAUUUGUGGACAUGGAAGGGGCUGGAAACAGUACUCUGGGAACAGCACUGGAAACAGUAACUCCUAUUUUUUAGGGGGAAAAAUGCUUUUUAGUCCAGGAGUAAACUUAAUCUGGGUCCAGGAAAUUGACCUUAUAUGAUGGACGGAUGUUUGACAUAGACGCUGACAGAACAGUUUUUAUUUCACUAUCUGUUUGUUAUUUCACUUUUAUUUCACUGAUUGAAUUUGAAUGUUUUGAGUACUUUGGAAGUACUUUUGAGGUGAUUCCUCACUUGAAGCAGUAAUAAAAUAUUUCUUAACAUUCAAAUUCAUUCAGUUCAAAUUCUCAUGAAGCAUCCAUUAGAUAGGAAUAUUCAAACAGUCCUGUCAGCUUGGAUCAACAUGCGUUGUUAUCACAUUUUAUCACAAUAAAGGAAAGAAUCAUAUGGGAUUUAAAGGAUUAAUUCUAUCUUUGAUUAAUGGAACAAUCAAAUAUUAUGGGGAGAUAAUAGUGUUUCAGGGUGUUUCACCUUCACUAUUUUAUACACUCUGCUUUUGUUAUUUGUUGAUCCUUUUCUGCUACAUCUGCUUCUGGACAUUUUAAUAAAAAGCAUAUCUUUAAA